CAGCUGAAGGCCAAGGUCGAGUUGCUACAGCAUUCUCGCACGGCCGAUGUGUGCGCGCAGCAGGCCAUCGACGCCCUGCCUCAACCUCCCGGACUUCACGAUGAGCUCGCCCAACGGCUACGGUCGCUCGGGGCGGCACUACUGGUUCAUGUGCAGUUGGAUGCGGGCCUGGGGGCGCAUUCUCACAGGCUAAGGGACGCGAUACGCUCUGUUGAGCAGCUCCUCGACGUUCACCCCGAGGUCUCGGCGCACUGGCGCGGCAUCAAAAAGGUGGCCGACAGGGCACGUCACGAGCCGCUGGUGGCGGAGUCUGCGGGCAGCGCAGAGCAGGAGCAGGAUCUCGUCCCCGUCGUGCAGGCGCUGGAGGUGGUGGACCAGGCGGUCGAGCUCAAGGAGCAUGCCGCUGCGCUGCCGAGUGGGACCAAGGCGCUUGACACGAGGUGCACAUGUGGCGCGCUGGCUUUCUCGUCGCGCGCUGGGCCUGCAGCUGGCGCGCCGCGCGAGACGGGGACGCCUCGGCUCACGGUGAAACAUCACUUCGAGUUCAGGACCGACGCGGAAUGCUUCGUGCCGCUUGAGGAGUUCAACCUGCGGGUGGUCGGCUUUCGAGGAGUGGAUCGGAGCCUGGCCAAGUGGCAGCCGUUUGUUCGCCGCCGUGCGCGCCUCGACGCCGAGGCCGCCCGCGGCAGGGGCGCUGAUCAACAAGACCCCUCAGGCGCGGACCCCAAGGUCGACGCGGUCUGGGCAGCUGAGCGGGACAGGCUUUUGCGAGACGUCGAUGCUCUACCGGAUCCUCGUGGGCCACGUCGUGUUUCUCGGCUUGCUACUUCUGAUACUUCCCAGAGCACCGACCUCGCCUCAUUGUUCCGCAAUCUCGGCGGGACCACGGCUGCAGUGGUUAGAGCAGCGCCGAUGCCUGCUCCACCUGCCGCCCCGCCUGUCGAUGGUUGCAAGCAGCAGUGAGGUAUUUAGUGGAGUCUUGCACUCACGUGUUUCGAUUCAUUCAAUAUUUGGAGUGCGGAGGUACAUGAAAUAUUGCGAGCGCAUUCUAGGUCUCAGGCUGGCGUGGGGGCUCUUCGUCGUGGCGCUCAUCCAUGUUGUCGCCGUCCCCGUUGAGCUGAGAGGGUGGGGG